AAGGCGACGCAGGAACUGCGCUGCCGCUGUGGGGGGAGCCGCGGAGGACUAGGUAAUCGCUGGCCGGGAAGAGUCCGGGUGAGUCUCCUCUUCAUCUCCCUCCCGAAGAGCUUGGAGAAAUUAAAGGAGAAAUAAAGGCAGCCUCACAAACCAAUAGUGUACACAUUAUUUUUUUCACACAAUGAAAAAACUUAUGAAAAUAUUCACUGCAAAGUAUGAUAAUGACUAUCAUCAUACCAUCUAAUCUUUUUUGAAGUCCCACUGAGCAACUUUUCACUUCAGGAGAGACUGAGAAGAUUCUUAAACUUCCCUUGAUGGCAAGACAUUGCUCUCACAAUUCCACAGAUCGCUCUCUUGGUAUAGAUGGUGUUCUAACACUGAAUACAGAGAACAAUAAUUAUUCCCAGCAAAUACCAAACUUUCGCAAGUGUGAGAUUUGUUUUCUGUCUUUUUCAAAAGACACACAGUUCCAACGCCACAUGAGGGAUCAUGAGCAAAAUGACAAGCCUCAUCGAUGUGACCAGUGUCCAAUGUCGUUCAAUGUUGAAUUCAACCUUACACUGCAUAAAUGUACCCACAAUGGAGAAGACCCUUCUUGUCCUGUGUGCAACAAAAAAUUUUCCAGAGUGGCUAGUCUUAAAGCUCAUAUUAUGCUACAUGAAAAGGAGGAGAAUCUUAUCUGUUCAGAGUGUGGGGAUGAGUUUACUUUGCAGAGCCAGUUGGCUCUACACAUGGAAGAACAUCGUCAGGAGUUGACUGGAAACAAAACCCAUAUCUGUAAAACCUGUAAGAAAGAAGUUGAAACCUCUUCCCAACUAAAGGAGCAUAUGAAAACUCAUUACAAAAUAAGGGUAUCAAAUACCAGGUCGUACAAUAGAAAUAUCGACAGAAGUGGGUUUACAUAUUCGUGUCCUCAUUGUGGAAAGACGUUCCAGAAACCAAGUCAAUUAACGCGACACGUUCGAAUACACACGGGUGAAAGGCCAUUUAAAUGUAGUGAGUGUGGGAAAGCAUUUAAUCAGAAGGGGGCAUUACAAACCCAUAUGAUUAAACACACUGGUGAAAAACCCCAUUCCUGUGCCUUUUGUCCUGCAGCCUUUUCUCAGAAAGGCAAUCUUCAGUCACAUAUUCAGAGAGUUCAUUCAGAGGUGAAGAAUGGUCCUACAUAUAACUGUACAGAGUGUAGUUGUAUCUUCAAAAGUUUAGGCAGCUUAAAUACUCAUAUCAGCAAGAUGCAUAUGAGUAGCACGCAAAAUGCAGCAAGCUCUACCACAGAAACCUCUCCUAUUACAACGGAUUCAGUCACUCAGCCUCUGACAUUAGCAACAGUUAACUUGUUGCAGCCUGUUGAUAAUAAAUGGAAGAAUACAGAAAAUCCAGUAACUUCCGUUGCAGGACAUCAAGGGCAACAGUCUGUAACUGAUGUUAUUCAACAACUCCUUGAGCUGUCAGAGCCAACUGAAAAUAAUCAGUCCCAGCAACCUGGUCAGCAACUCAGCAUGGCUGUGGGCAUCAACAGAGACAUUUUGCAGCAAGCCUUGGAAAAUAGUGGACUAUCUUCAAUCCCAGUGUCAGCAAAUGCUGACUGUAGUGAUAGUAAGCCUACUCCAACUCAGGAUGAGAAUGCACAUGUUCAGAAUCUCUCUAGUCAUCAAGUGGACUCUAGCAACACAGAACAAGUUAAAGAGCCCGAAAAUUUAGAUAAAGCGGAUAAGAAGGAGAAAAGGGUUCUGAAGAAAAAGUCGCCAUUUUUACCUGGUUCCAUACGUGAGGAGAAUGGAAUACGAUGGCAUAUUUGUCCGUACUGUUCUAAAGAAUUUAAGAAGCCCAGUGAUCUUGUGCGACACAUUCGCAUCCACACUCAUGAAAAGCCAUUCAAAUGUCCACAGUGUUUCCGGGCCUUUGCUGUGAAGAGUACUCUCACAGCACACAUAAAAACACACACCGGCAUUAAGGCUUUUAAGUGCCAGUAUUGUAUGAAGUGCUUUUCUACCUCAGGAAGCCUAAAAGUGCACAUUCGUUUGCAUACAGGGAUUAGACCUUUUGCUUGCCCUCACUGUGAUAAGAAGUUCCGAACUUCAGGUCACAGAAAGACACACAUUGCCUCUCACUUUAAACACACGGAACUAAGAAAAAUGCGGCAUCAGCGUAAACCUGCUAAAGUUCGACUAGGAAAGAACAGUGUUCCAGUACCUGAUAUUCCUUUGCAGGAACCUAUACUCAUAACAGAUUUAGGUCUCAUUCAGCCAAUCUCAAGGAAUAACCAGUACUUCCAAAAUUUCUUCAGUAAUAAUUUUGUUAAUGAAGCAGAUAGACCAUACAAAUGCUAUUAUUGCCAUAGAGCAUAUAAAAAGUCUUGCCAUCUUAAACAACAUAUCAGAUCACAUACUGGUGAGAAGCCAUUCAAAUGUUCUCAGUGUGGAAGAGGUUUUGUGUCUGCUGGAGUGCUAAAAGCACAUAUUCGAACGCACACUGGCUUAAAAGCUUUCAAGUGUCUUAUAUGCAAUGGGGCUUUUACAACCGGUGGGAGUCUGCGGAGGCAUAUGGGAAUCCAUAAUGAUCUUCGACCAUAUAUGUGCCCAUAUUGUCAAAAAACAUUCAAAACAUCUUUAAACUGCAAAAAACACAUGAAAACACAUAGGUAUGAACUUGCACAGCAGCUGCAGCAGCAUCAGCAAGCUGCUUCAAUAGAUGAUACAACAGUAGAUCAACAGAGCAUUCAUGUUUCUACUCAGAUGCAAGUGGAGAUUGAAAGUGAAGAGCUGCAGCAAACAGAGGCUGUCACAACAGAUCAGGAAGCUAUUUUGGACUUGGACCAGCAGCAGGUUGUCGACACAGAAGAAGCGGGACUGAGGCCACAGUUGGCUGAUCAACCACUGGGGCAAGAUGAAGAUAGGUUUGUGACAUCCCAGCAUGCACUGCAAGAUAAUAUAAAUCAAUUUGAACAGCAAACUACAGCACAACAAUCAUUUGAUCAACAAGGAUUAUCACAAGGUUUUACAGUUAAUGAUGGCUAUAGUCAGCCAAAUCAGUUUCCAGCAGUACAGCAGCUUCAGGAUUCAAGCACCCUUGAAUCCCAGGCUCUUUCAACAAGUUACCAUCAACCAAAUCUGCUUCAGGUUCCUACAUCAGAUCCUAUUAAUGUAACUACACGCUUGAUACAAGAUCAGUCACAAGAACUUGAGCUGCAUACUCAGCGCCCCCCAUUUCUGGAAGAUAAUGAAGAUCAAAGCAAACGUUCUUACAGGUGCGAGUAUUGCAACAAGGGUUUUAAGAAGUCCAGCCACUUGAAGCAGCAUGUACGUUCACACACUGGAGAGAAGCCUUAUAAAUGUCAACUGUGUGGUCGAGGAUUUGUUUCUUCUGGAGUCCUUAAAUCUCAUGAGAAGACGCAUACAGGAGUUAAAGCAUUCAGCUGUAGCCUUUGCAAUACAUCCUUCACUACUAAUGGAAGCCUUACUAGGCAUAUGGCAACUCACCUGAGCAUGAAACCAUAUAAGUGCCCAUUUUGUGAUGAAAGUUUCAGAACCACAGUUCACUGCAAAAAGCACAUGAAAAAGCAUCAAACUGUGUCCUCAACAGCAGCAACAAGUGGUGAAACAGGAGGAGGAGAAGAUGAUGAUGAAUCCUCUGAAAGAACUACCUCUAGAAAAUCUAGGCCUGGUGUAAUCACUUUCACAGAGGAAGAAACAGCUGAACUUGCAAAAAUUAGACCCCAAGAAAGUGCUACUGUCUCUGAAAAAGUUCUUGUUCAGUCGGCUGCAGAAAAGGACAGAAUUAGUGAAAUCAAAGACAAGCAAGCAGAAAUGGAGUCUGAACCAAAAUAUGCCAACUGUUGUACUUACUGUCCCAAAAGUUUUAAAAAACCUAGUGAUUUAGUAAGGCAUGUUCGUAUCCAUACAGGAGAAAAACCAUAUAAAUGUGAUGAAUGUGGGAAGAGUUUCACGGUAAAGUCUACUCUGGAUUGUCAUGUAAAAACACACAUGGGUCAGAAGCUAUUUAGCUGCCAUGUAUGCACUAAUUCAUUUUCUACAAAAGGAAGUCUGAAAGUGCAUAUGCGCCUACAUACUGGAGCAAAGCCCUUUAAAUGUCCUCACUGUGACUUAAGGUUUCGAACCUCUGGGCGCAGGAAGACCCACAUACAAUGUCACUUUAAACCAGAGUCCAAAAAGGUCAGAAAGCCUGCACCUCGUACUUCAACUGAGGGACUACAGCCGGUAAAUCUUCUUAAUUCGUCCUCAACCGAUCCUAAUGUUUUCAUCAUGAAUAAUUCUGUGCUGACGGGCCAGUUUGACCAAAAUUUGCUUCAGCAAGGUCUCGUGGGUCAGGCUAUACUUCCUGCUUCUAUGUCAGCUGGGGGUGACUUAACCGUCUCCUUGACAGAUGGUAGUUUGGCAACCCUUGAAGGGAUACAGUUACAGUUGGCUGCUAACCUGGUUGGGCCAAAUGUUCAAAUUUCUGGAAUUGAUCCUACCAGUAUUAACAACAUUACAUUACAGAUUGAUCCCAGUCUUUUACAGCAGACACUGCAACAGAGUAAUGUACUUACCCAGCAACUAACUGGAGAUCCACAUUUAGCUCCUUCAAACGCCUCCCUACAAACUGCAGACAAUUCAGUGCCAGCAAAUGUAGUAAUACAACCUUUGUCAGGUUUAUCCUUACAGCCCACUGUUACCUCGUCAGCAAAUAUGACAAUAGGACCCAUGUCUGAGCAAGAAUCUGUAUUGACUACUAGCACUACUGGUUCACAGGAUCUCUCUCAGGUUAUGACUUCACAAGGCAUGGUAUCAACCUCAAAUGGUCAGCAUGAAAUUACAUUAACAAUUAAUAAUUCAAGCCUGAGUCAUGUUUUAGCUCAUGCCUCUAGUUCUACUAGUACAAAUUCAUCAGGAAGCCCUCAAGAGAUCACCCUCACCAUAUCAGGGCAAGAUCUUAUUCAGCACAAUUCCUCUGGUGGUAGUGAACUAAAUGGAAACUUAAGACUGGCAGCACCAACUAUUAGUAAUCAAUCAGCAGGUGCUACAUUAACAAUAAGUAAUGAUCAGCUCCUGUCUCAGAGCCCAGCACUCAACAGUACUUCAGAGCUAAAUGCAUCAAGUGGAAACCUUCCUUCAACACCACCCCUGUCUCAACCACCUCAGAAUUUAGUAAUGUCAUCUCCUGGAGUAGGGGGAGAUGGUAGUGUCACCCUGACUUUGGCUGAUACUCAGAGUAUGUUAUCUGCCGGUCUUGAUGCAGUGACACUUAACAUCACAUCGCAGGGGCAGCAAUUUCCUGCUUUACUCACAGAUUCGGCUCUCACUGGACAAAGCAAUUCAAGUUCACAAGUUAUACUAGUGAGUCAUACACCACAUUCAACAUCUGCAAACCAUGACGAACUAGCAUAUCAGGUGAGUGAGGUUUCUCCAAGUUUGUCCAAAAGUAUUCAAGCUGAAAAGGAGCCCCGUGUGCACCAGUGUUUUGAAUGUAGUCAAACCUUUUCUUCAACUGCCAUGCUGAUGCAGCACAGUAAAGAAGUUCAUGGCAAGGAAAGAAUCCACGUUUGUCAUAUCUGCAAUAAAGCCUUCAAACGGGCAACACACCUUAAGGAGCAUAUGCAGACACAUCAGGCUGGACCAUCACUAAGUUCCCAGAAGCCAAGAGUAUUUAAAUGUGAUACUUGUGAAAAAGCCUUUGCUAAGCCAAGUCAACUGGAAAGACAUAGCCGCAUUCAUACAGGAGAACGACCAUUUCAGUGUACACUGUGUGAGAAAGCCUUUAACCAGAAGAGUGCACUACAGGUUCAUAUGAAAAAACACACAGGGGAAAGACCAUACAAAUGUGAUUACUGUGCAAUGGGCUUUACCCAGAAAAGCAAUAUGAAACUUCAUAUGAAGCGAGCUCACGGAUAUGCUGGCACAGUACAAGAAUCCACCAGUCAUCAAGGACAGGAAGGUGAAGACAUUAAUCGUGCUCUGAACUUGGAAGAAGUUGUUCAAGAAUCUUCAAAUGAGUGGCAGAGUAUAACCAAUAUUUUUUGAUAACAGAUAAGGUGAAAGCUUAAAAUUAAAUUUUUUUUAAAAAGCUUGAAAUGUUUCAGGACUAGAAUUUUUCUAAAAAUAAUCAUUUGUGGAUUUUUACUAUGAAAACGUCACGUGUUGAAAAUAAGAUAAUAUAGCUUUUUAAAUAUUUACAAAAUAUCUAAAGAAUUAUUGUCUUUUGUAAACUUGUAGGAUAUUGGAAAAACAUCAGAUAAACUUUGCUAUAUUGUCUACAAUCAGUGAUCUCAGGUACAUGGAACUUGUUCAUCUUUUCAAUCCACCAUAAAUGUAUUCAGUUUAAAAAAAACAUUGUACCUUAGUAUCAGUGAAGGCUGGUUAGAAGGUAGGCCAUACGGGCAUUCUUCCAGUCAUAAGGAUGUCUUGACUAUUUAAGAUUCAUUGUGGUUGGAAGAAAAAUAUCACUAAAUUAGAUGCAUGUACUAGAGAAUUCAUGCCACAGUGCAGACAUUAAAUGUCUGGUAUUCUUUUAGUCCAUUAAUUGGCAAUAUGUUGUGGUGCUGGUGUUGCUGACAUGUCAGAACACAAUGGACCAUAUUAACUUUAUUUCAUGUUACCCAUUAUUAAUUUCUCAAAUUCUGCUUGUUCAGCUACAGAUUCAGCAAUAAUAGUUCAAAAAAUAAAUAAAUCCCAAAGUAACAGCAGAGUCUCCAUAAACUGAGUAACAAACGCAUACAUUUUAUUUGUAGGUCUAUGUCAGAGAAACCUUAGCUGGAUAGUUAUGAAAAACACAAGCCAUAUGUUAAAGGUGGUAGAACAUAUACAACUCUACAUUGUCUCUAUCAGACCAUGUGAGUUGCAGUGCAGGUUAUAGGUAAUACAGACUGGUUUCCACAGACUGCCCCAAGUGCAUAAAUGCCUACUUUUUUCAAGCCAUUUGUCCUGAGAGCUUUUUUUUUAAUUUUUAAAACUACCUAGACUUUUCAGUACAUCUCUGAAAAGUCAAAUUUACUCAGAAAAAGUAUAAUCAUAUCAGAAGAAACACUGGAAUAAAGCAUAUGUUCUGUUUUAGACAUUCCAAAGACAGAAAGAUCUUGCUUAAUUUUACUUUUUUUUUUGGAAUUUAUUUAUAUGUUAUAUAUAUGUGUAUGUAUGUAUAUAUACAGAUAUUUAAGCCUCUAUGUGGCUGAUGGGUAUAUUUUGUAAAUAAUAAUUCCAGUUUCAAGAAGUGUUCAUAAAGUUUUCAACUUUAGAUGCACUUCAAAAUCAGUAUUGAUUCAUUUUAUUGUAAUGUAGACGUGAAUUUUACCUUUCUGAAAAAUAAUUGCUUUUUAUUUGCUCUUGGUUCCAGAAAGAAACUAUCUGUAUAUAUAAUUUACAUUUUGUGUAUUAUAAGACCGGUACUUUCUAUUUCCUCAAGGGGAAAAAUUACUGCUUUUGAUAGGACAUCUCAUAAUUCUUUUGUUAACUCUGGACAUAUGUAUAUAAGUAUUAUAGCUGGUGACUUGAAAAUAACACUUUUGUUAUGUGGAAAUAUUUAAGUCAGAUAUAUGUUAAAUAAUAUUAAUUUUUUUCAAAACUG